ACGAGUCCUUUGCAUACCAAAAACAGAGUCUCCACUAAACCCGGUGCAAAAGCCACGUGUCACAAUAUAUUUGGCAGUGCCCCCGCAGUAAAUGUGACUCUCGUUUAACGAGCUUUUCUCAUCUCCCUCCACCAUCAUAUUCAUCUCUCCUGUACUCACACGCCAUCUCUCUCUCUCUCACUAUCUCUCUCGCUCUCCCUCUCUCUCGAUGACGGACAUAACGGACGAUAUAGCGGAGGAAAUAUCGUACCAGAGCUUUGAAGAUGACUGUAAAUUGUUAGGUAACCUUCUUCACGAUGUGCUUCAGCAUAGUGUUGGUAACGCUAUUCGCGACAAGCUCGAACGAAUUCGUGUCCUCGCUCAGAGUGCGUGUGUGAUGAGGACAUCGGGGAUUGAAGACAUGGCAGAUUACCUGGAGAAGGAAUUAGCAUCUAAUUUAUCAAACAUGACUUUAGAGGAAGCAUCCACUCUUGCCAGAGCUUUCAGUCAGUUUCUCUCUUUUAUGGGCAUAGCUGAAACUCAUCACAGGUUGAGGAAUGCUCAAGAUGCGGAAAAAGUAUCAAAGUCUUGUGAUAGCACUUUUAAUCAGUUGCUUCAAAGUGGAGUUUCCCCUGAUGAGCUUUAUGAUGCUGUUUGCAAGCAGGAGGUUGAGAUUGUUCUCACUGCACAUCCCACUCAAAUAAACAGGCGGACUUUACAGUACAAACACAUUAGACUUGCGCAUUUGUUAGAGUACAACAACCGGCCGAAUCUUGGGCGUGAAGAUCGGGAGAUGCUGAUUGAAGAUCUGGUAAGAGAAAUAACCUCAAUAUGGCAGACCGAUGAACUCAGGCGCCACAAACCUACACCUGUAGAUGAAGCAAGAGCUGGCUUAAACAUCGUGGAGCAGUCCCUAUGGAAAGCUGUGCCUCAAUAUUUACGACGUGUCAGCAAUGCACUUAAAAAGCACACUGGAAAGCCACUUCCUCUAACAUGCACACCAGUAACAUUUGGAUCUUGGAUGGGUGGUGAUAGGGAUGGAAAUCCAAAUGUGACAGCAAGGGUAACAAAAGAUGUGUCCCUCUUAUCCAGGUGGAUGGCUAUUGAUCUCUACAUUCGCGAAGUCGAUCAUCUCAGAUUUGAACUUUCAGUGAACAAGUGCACUGAUAGACUAUCAAAGAUGGCACAUGAAAUUUUAGCGAAAGAAGCUUUAUCUGAGAAUGGGAAUGGAAGCUGGAAUCAACAAGUGAAUUGGAGUCAGGCAAAACAUCAAAAUCAAUACAAUUCAGCUCUUCCUAGACAACUUCCAGCUGGAGCACAUAUACCACCUUGUACAGAAUGCAAGGACGUAACUGAGUAUCCUCGUCUAGAGCUUCCUGGUACUGAAUACAUGCCUUUAAAUCGUGAGGAUGGAAAGGCUUCUCCAAGCCAGGAUUCAUUCAAAGGACUUACAGUAACAACUGAAAAUUUGAAUACAACUAAUUCAGGAAGUCCCCAGACCACACCCCGUGCUGGUUCUGGUCCACUAUCCGCUCAAAGAAAACUUUUUGCUGAAUCUCAGACUGGAAAGACUAGCUUUCACAAGCUUCUGGAACCAAGCCUAUCUCAACGCCCAGGAAUUGCACCUUAUAGAAUCAUUCUCGGGGAUGUAAAGGAAAAGCUUGUGAGGACCCGGACACGACUUGAGCUUCAACUCGAUAAUUCUCCCAUUGAACAGGAUCCUUGUGAUUUUUAUGAGACUUCAAGUCAGCUGUUGGAACCACUCCUUCUAUGUUAUGAUUCUCUGCAAUCAUGUGGAUCAGGGGUUAUAGCUGAUGGUCGACUCUCUGACCUUAUCAGAAGAGUUGCUACUUUCGGGAUGGGUUUAAUGAAGCUUGACUUACGUCAGGAAUCAGGUAGACAUGCUGAGACACUUGAUGCAAUUACCAAGUAUCUAGAUAUGGGUAAAUAUAGCGAGUGGGAUGAAGGCAAAAAACUCGAGUUUCUAACAAGGGAAUUGAAAGGGAAGAGACCUCUAGUUCCUCCAAGUAUCGAGGUUCCUCCUGAUGUUAAAGAAGUCCUGGAGACAUUUCGAAUUGCUGCAAUACUGGGGCAGGAUUCUCUUGGUGCAUAUGUUAUUUCAAUGGCCUCAAACGCAAGUGAUGUACUUGCCGUGGAGCUUUUGCAGAAAGAUACGCGUCUUGCUGUUGCUGGAGAGCUAGGCAGGCCAUGUCCAAGUGGGACACUGCGAGUGGUGCCUCUUUUCGAAACAGUGACGGACUUGAGGGGAGCUGGCUCUGUUAUAAGGGAGUUGUUAUCAAUUGAUUGGUACCGUGAGCACAUAAUAAAGAACCAUAAUGGGCACCAGGAGGUGAUGGUUGGUUAUUCUGAUUCUGGUAAAGAUGCUGGCCGGUUUACUGCUGCAUGGGAGCUUUAUAAAGCUCAAGAGAAUGUUGUUGCUGCAUGCAAAGAAUAUGGCAUAAAAGUCACUCUCUUUCAUGGGCGUGGAGGGAGUAUAGGGCGUGGUGGAGGUCCAACACACCUUGCAAUUCAAUCCCAACCGCCUGGUUCUGUGAUGGGUACACUGAGGACAACUGAACAGGGAGAAAUGGUGCAGGCGAAAUUCGGUUUACCAGAAACAGCUAUUCGACAACUAGAAAUAUACACCACAGCCGUGUUGCUUGCCACCCUACGUCCUCCACAACCACCUAAAGAAGAAAAAUGGCGUACCCUGAUGGAUAAAAUAUCAGAAAUCAGCUGCAGUACUUACAGGAACACAGUCUACGAGAACCCUGAAUUCAUUACUUACUUCCAGGAAGCUACUCCACAAGCUGAGCUAGGCAACCUUAAUAUAGGAAGCCGGCCCACAAGAAGGAAAAGCGCGGGAGGAAUUGGACAUCUACGCGCAAUUCCAUGGAUAUUUGCAUGGACUCAGACUAGAUUUGUUCUUCCAGCUUGGCUUGGAGUUGGAUCAGGUCUAAAGGGUGUUUGUGAGGCAGGACAUACAGAUGAACUAAGAGCAAUUUACAAAGAAUGGCCAUUCUUCCAAUCUACGAUAGAUCUUAUAGAGAUGGUAUUGGGGAAAGCGGACAUUCCAAUAGCCAAACAUUAUGAUGAUGUUCUUGUGUCUGAGAGCAGACGAGAACUUGGUGUUGAACUAAGGAAGGAACUCUCAACCACUGAAAACUAUGUAUUGCAGGUUACUGGGCAUGAAAAGCUUUCAGAGAAUAACAAGAGCUUAAGAAAGCUGAUUGAAAGCAGGCUUCCAUUUCUGAACCCGUUGAACAUGUUACAGGUGGAGAUACUGAAGAGACUGCGAAAUGAUAAUAACAACUCUAAACUUAGAGAUGCAUUGCUUAUAACUAUAAAUGGGAUUGCUGCUGGAAUGAGGAACACAGGAUAGAUCAGCACUGCGUUUUUCUGAACUAUAACUUAGGAAUAAAGCAUGACUAUUUUGUAAGUUCAGGAGGUUCUUUCGAGUUUUUAAGUUUGUCUAUCUACACAUUUCACGGAUUUCUAAUUUUCUUUCGCCUUUUUACUGAAGAAAAUUUGAUUGAUGCUCAAUUAGUAAA